ACGAGUGUCAAUUUCAUUUCAAAGGAACAUUACCAUGAAGUCUCAAGUGGCUAAACUGACUUUGGUAGCAGUUAUUUCUCUUCUUUACUCAAAAGUAAGAUGCGAGGAAGGUUUCCAAUGCCCACAUCCAUCGUGUGGUCCGCCGAAAUCCUGUAAACUUCAGGAUAGGUUGAUUUAUCAUCAAACCAUGACUCCAGCUUGGCUCGAAGGCCAUGCCUCGUACAUUGACCUUGCUCAUACCACAACAGCGGACAUGAUCUCGUUUCAAUUAACUUCCACCGUGAGAGGACCCCGAACCAAAGACGCCGCCCUCUUGAAAGUACCUCUGAUUUGUGCCGACGUCUUGAAAGACUGCUUACCGCUGACCGUGGAAAUAACUGUUGCCAAUGACGUCAGCAUUGGAGGAAAGGCUUACGACAGCGACAUCAGAUACGGCUUGUCGGAUGGGGAGACUUUCAUCGGUUUUGAAGCUCCCGAUAGGAAAAGCUAUGGAAAGUCUUCACCUUGCUAUGGAAUUGAAGGAAAGUCUGGUAAAUUCUUGAAUAAAAUAAGUUACAAAAACACAAAGUUCCCUAAGGUCAACAAGUACUCGUACUACCCCGGUCGAUUCUUAUUCACGUUCAAGUUGGAUCAGCGAUGGGGUUCGUGUUACACUGCGCAGGACCAUGGCUUUGUAAAGACCGCUGGCUACAUUAACCGACUGAAGGUCAGCAAGGGACUUACUCUGGAGGUUUACAAGACCGAUAAAAAUGAGAGGGUUGGAAUCAAGUUUAUCAAGGUGGCAAUCACACAGGACUCGUCGUGUGUUCAGUAAUUAAUGAAAAGAACCUCAUUACAGAGACUUUUCGCCUUGAGUCACCUGACUCUGUAGCUCACCGAUCACUUUUGGUCAGCACGGUCAGUUAGAACAGUAGAAUGCAAUGUAAUACGGUGGCUUUUAUUCAACCAAACUUUAGCUAAUUGAAUCUGGAUGAAAAUUAAUUUUGCAACUAAAUAAAAUGUGA